AACCGGGCCAUGCAUUCAAAACAUAAUCAGCUCUGGUUAUCUGAUGGAGAAAUUGUCAUGUGGGAGAGUGUCUCUUCCAUAUGUGUUGUUGUGAGAGUCCAUCCUUUCCUAGUCCUGUUCUUGCACCAUAAUAUCCCAUUUAUUCUUAAGGAAUCAGAUACUGAAUUUUUUAUGGCAAACUAUCUUUGCAAGUAUUUAAUUUUGGCUUUUUUUACCUGCUGAGUAAAAUGGAGAAGAAAGCAAAAAAUGAGAAAAGAUUGAAAGAUUGAGAACAAAGAAAAAAAAAUCCCAGCAAAAAUCAAUUUAAAUUCUUCUGUAGAAAAUUGGUACCAUUUUUUGAUUCUGUUGGAGGAAGGUUGCUUCUUGUUUAGGGAUUUUUUGCUACUUUUUUAUCCUCCAGGAAUUACUUUAAGUACAGCUGUGAAUAACCACUGUUUCUCAUUCUUUCAUUAAAAGCCUGCACAUACAGUGAAGCUGUACCCUUAAGCUAUCCAUGAGAGGUGCCUUCAGGUAAGCCUUGUAUAACCUGGAGGCUGACAAAAACCCGAAGUUCUAUGUUGUGAAGUGACCCCUUUAGUCAGGCAAGUACAAGUUUACGCAUAAAGAAAAUAUGGACUUAUAAAGCAUAGUCUCAGUAUCAGCUUGACAGCAGGGGAUAGGUAUGUGGUUUUCCCAGGUGAGCUGAGGGUUGACCAGCUGUGGCACAGCAUGUGCUUUCCUAACCUUUUGUUGUUCUCAUGGCAGACAAAAAGCUCGGGUCUUGCCGUUAAGCUCAUUAACUAUGUAAUAAAAUAAAAUCUCAUUUAGAACAUAUGGCACUGAUGUCCUCUAGGCACCUUUUGAAUAUCAAACUCACUCAUGUUCAUUUUAAUCAGCACAUUUUAAAUUCAGUCUUCAUCAGUUCAAUAUAUCUAGUGGGAUGUUUUAGCUACUACUGUGGGCCCUGCUUGCUCCGUUCCCGUGUUAUUUUAAUGAUAGCCUUAAAAAAACCCAACAAAUUCCCCCUCAGAAAAACCCUGAACAAAAACAACCCUCAAAAAAACCUACAGGAAAGCAAUUUGAAGCAAAAUACAGAUGUGAAUUAUGCAGGGCUUUGAUUAUAAAUUGAAUUGCUGCAAUAGCAGCAAAAUGUUCUCUGUAGCUGUCUCCUGAUGAAAGAGCAUCCCAGUCAGCGCAAUGGAGCUUCUGUGGCUGGGAUGGGAAUGAAAUCCCACGUGUUCAUCACCUCCUGCAGUGCAAGUGAGAAGCACCAGCCAGGGAUGGAAGAUUCGGUGGGAUAAAAAGCCUGGUGGGACACCACAGCUUGUCUUUGCCACCACAGCUGAUACUGAUGUGUAGUUUCUGCCACGAGAGGGCAUAAGCAGCACUGGGAUAUAUUAAGAAAAGAGGAUGGAAGUAGGAAGAAGCUUUUAAGGAUGCUUCAUGAGUAUAAUAAAUUUCUCUAACCGAUAUUGAAUAGCUCAAAAGAAAUGCUUUUGUCCUCCUUAUUGCUUCCAACAUGUUCUGGUAGGAAAUAAGCCUUGGAUGAUGACUGCUCAAGCUGUUGGGGGGUAGGUCCUAUCAGGUGGGAUGUCCUUCCCCAGUGGCACGUGUGUACAAAAGGAAUGGCGAGUGCUUUAUUCUUGUCUCAGCAAGUAGAAGAGCUGAGGGAUAUAAACGGUGGUGUUAUGCUUUUGUUCCUGCUGGCAGGAACAGACAUUAUCUUCUCGGAGCAUGGUCAGGGGUGCCCUUUUCUCUUGCAGUGUGCAGUGGAAAGAAGCCACUAGGAUGAAAGAAAGGUCUGGUCUGCCCUUCAGGUGUUGAGCUGCCAGCUGUAAGGACCAAAAUGUCUUGCAGCUGUAGAAGUCCCAGAUGCUUUUAAUAAGGUGUUAACUUAAAAACAUUGUGUUGCUGAAGACACAUUUCCUGCAGUUGUUUAGCUUGCUACAACCCAAAAAAAGCUUUCUUUUAUUCCUCCAGUGAGCAGUGUUGAUACUGUAGAUGCAGAAUAUAGGAUGUCAUACUGUAGGAGGCAGCCAGUUGUCUUCCAUGUUAGCAUAUGCACUAGGUUUUGGUUGUUGGUUAUUUGGUUGCUUGGGUUUUUUUCUGAUGCACAUAUGUGAAGAUUAGGCUAAUUUCUUGCUGCUUUUUUUAUCAGAAUAUUGAACAGGUAUUACCACUUCUUGCUGUUAUGGGGUCUUUGGUCAAGAUGCUUGUAGUAUUUUUAAGCAUGCUUCACCUAUGUGAAGUAAUGGAUAUGUAUACUGCUAUCGUAAUUGCAGCUGAAGUAUGUAUGGAGUUCCACAAGCAAGACAAAGUCAGAGCUUUCUAGAGGAUGUGGUUGGUUUUGGAAGCUCUGAUGGGACACUUUUGAAGAAAAAGAAUUUCUGAAAAAUUAUUAAGCAUUUAUUAGAGCUCGAGUUUCCAUAUGAUCUCUCAGUUUAGGACCUAAAUUACUUGGGAAAACCCUGGCAAAAAUGCCUAAUAGGGAAAGCUUACAUAGUUGUUUCUCUUCCCUUCUGUCAAUUUUCUAGAGUGCUUAGAUCCCUUUUGGAAAUUUUGUAGGCUUCUGUUGCAAGGACACUUUUCAGAGUAACUUCAUGUAUGUGUAGUUUCACAGUAGUAUCUAGUGUAUAAAGACAGGUAGGACAGUCUCUGCUGGACUGUUCAUCUCUUCUGAGGAAUUUAUGUGGGCUUUCUUGACAUUUAUCUCCUCUUUAGUCAUCUCAAUCUAGCACCUUAUCCAGGACACUGCAGCUGGUAAUUUGGAAGUGAGUCUUAUUGUCUGCUGGAUGGAUCUAGAUAAGUGCUAAGCUUCUGUUUUGUAUUGGGCUGGGUUUUGUUUUUUUUUGAGCGUCCCUCUCUGCUAGACAGGCUGCCAUUAGGAAACUAAUGUGCUUUGUUGUACUUACUGGUUAUGUCUUAUCUUAUUCAUAGGAAUCUGAGGCUUACCUCUUCAGGUGUGUUUUGUGUCUAUGCAUGAACAGCUGUUUAAGGAAAGAGUAUGACUUUUUAGAAACCUGGGUGAGAUGCAAAGAUGCAAAAGGAGGUGGGCAGAGGAAAUGGUGUUGCUGCUGUUUCUGUGCUUUGGGUACAGCUUUACCCUUGAAAGGUGACUCUGCAAACUGCCAUGUAAUCUUCUCAAGAUGGUCUGUUCCAUGUGUUAGCAGCUAAUUGUUUUAGUAGUAAAUCAGUGGGGAUAAGAACAUGAUCUUCUGGUGUCUGUGUUGUUGGGAGACUGUCUUUGCAGACCUCUGUGCUCUCUGGUUUAUUGUCAAUACUCUUCCCCAGAAAUUUGCAUAGAAAACAGUGUAUUUCUUUAUUUCCUUUUAUCUUAAAAUGUUGUGUAUAGUGUUAGCCAAACUAUAUGGCAUAAAUGCAGUAUGACUGCAUCGAUUCAUGAACUGUUAGUUUAAUUACUCUGUAUUAACAGGGUACAUGUACAAACAAAACAUAUUUUCAUGCCAGGGUGGACUGACUGGACUCUCAGGGUGCUCUUUGUCACAGUUUUGGCCAUGAUUGUCUGUGUUGUUCUUUAUUAGAUUAACUGUGAUUGAAUACUAAACUGCAUUUCAUCAUGGUUUUUCUGAAUGGCGCUCUGGCCACUUCUGUGGCUAAACCAAAGCAGUUUAAUGAUCAUGUGCUUUUCCCUUCUUGUUCUUCCUCAUUUCUAUUUCUGGCAUCUUAGCAUUACAAUAGGGGCCUAUGGACUCUUCUAGCUCAUUUAAUUUCCAUGAUCUGAUGUUCACUAAUGCCAUGGCUUGAGGCAGCAGUACCUGAGAUUUCCAGGUAGUCCUCUAUCCAGGUUCUGCAGAGGCUCAAGAUUUUCUAGUUUCUGAACUACAUAAGAUCAGAUGGAUUUACCAGGAGUUGCCAGAGGUUUUGUGUUUGAAUCCUCAUUCACUCAUCUAUGUACAUGUAUUUCUGUUCAAAUAAAUACUUUUUGUUAACCUCUUCAGGCCCUAAUUAAAAAAAUUCUCUUCAAGUGCACAGCUAGUAUAUAAAGGACAUCCAUUAAUGGGACAGUAAGUUCCUUAUUAUAAGUAGAGCAAUUCAUUUGCUAAAAAUGAAAUGUAUGCUCAGAUGGUCUCCUGGCUUGGAACAGUUAAAUGUAAAGACAAACUCCUGUAGUGAGGUAUGUUUGCAGAAUGCUGGCAGAUGUGCUCUGUCUCCUGUCAUGGCUCAAUAAUGUUCGAUACAGUUCAAAAUAUAGAAGCUGCCACACUAAAUCCUCAGUCCUGUAGAACUGAUAUUGUUGUCAGAUGCUCUGCAUGUUUUGGAAUUGGGAACUCAGAGGAUGGAGUGGUUGCUCUUUGAUGGAACCUGACUACACGAGCAUCUGUCUAGGAGGUGGUGAGUGCUGAGUGCUCCUCCUGCGCUGCCCAUUUUGCUCUCCUAGCUUUUGUUGAAAGCAUUCCUAGGCAUUUGUCGUGUGCUUCAUGGUUUCAACCCUGGCAAUUUGCUAUUUAUUCUUUCAUUCACUUCAAUGUGUCGAUAUUCCUUCCUUUUCUUCUUCCCUUCCCUCCAGAGCAAGGUGUUUCUACCAUGAAGCUUAACUUGGUUUGUGGCCUUGUCUAAAAAGUGGAACUGUAAUGGCAGUCUAGUUCUCUGGGAAUGAAAAUGUCUCUUUUUAUCACAUUCUGUAGGUUUUUCAUCUCUUUAGUAUGUGCCAAAUGUGAAAUUAAUUGGCUUUGCAAGUGAUCACUAAUCUUCUUUCUCAUAGUAGUUAGUGCAAUUCAUAGGCACUUUAUUAAGACAAAUACCAUUAUGCUAACAAGAAAUUUGAACAUAUGCAUUUUUGAAAAUGUUGUAAAACUCUUAUACACCAUAACUCUUCUGUCCAGCCUCUUAAGGAGCCCAUGGAUGCAGGGGAAAUACUGGUAGUUUUCAAUAACCAAGGAGAGCAGUUGGGAAGGUGUAUUUUUUUGAUAUGGGGGAAUUGAUUGAUUUUGUCUAAUAGUAAAUACCAUGUGAGUAGUUCCGUUGGAUUUGGUGUUACUACUCGUGCAUAAAUAACACCACACGACUUAUUGCUUUCCUCGGUUUAAUGUCCAGAACUGCACCUUUGUGGGUAUAUUCUAUUCUAGACCCGCUAAAAAGCGCAUGGUAUCUUGACCCUGUAAUUGGGGAGCAUGCUGAAGCAUUAAAGUCCUACUUAAAAAAACUUCCUUGAGCUUUUUCCUCUUGAUAAUUUCAAAGCACAUGUUUUACUUAGGAGAAAGUGAACGGAAAAAAAGAAAGACAACAUCUGACUUUCUCUAUAGGGUUAAGUCUCCGGUGUUUUUGCUCUUGCCUUACUUUCUUACUGGUAUGUACCUUGCCCACAAGUAGGUAAUCUACAGACUACCUCAGUUUAAAAUUGAGAGGAGUAUUGAAGUAAGGCCACUUGCAUUUGGAUUCUGUGACUUGAUGACCACAAGCUUUAGGGUGGCAUUUUGUGUAGGCAAGAUUCACGGUAAACGUGAUCAUUUUUUAUCCCCCUGCCUCCCAAAAUAAUCACCUUUUAUUUUCAUCAAAUGUUUGCCACUGAUUCUGGAGUGCAGGAAGGUUUGCAGUACAUGAAAGUAGGCACAAAUGCAGUCUGUACUGCUUACCUUCAAAAUUUAAUCAGUUUGACAGAAAAGAUUGUUAUGGCUUUUUUUAAAUGAAAUUUAACUUUCUUCUGCACAGAAAAUUCUCCUGGAUAAGCUGAAGUGGCAGUUAAUGUACCAGUACAACUGCUUAUUUUGUUUUCUUGUCCAACAUUGCUCCUUUUCUGAUAGCCUGUAUUUCUUUGGGUAACUUCCACCCUGCGAUGAAUGUGCAUUGAACCAUUUUGCAGUUACUGUGGUGGUAGGGCCAUGUCCUCAGCCUUGAACAGCUUAUAGCCUGACAGUGUGUUAACUAGCAUGUACAGUGUUUAAUCUUUCCUCCUUGCAUCUUCCUGAGUGCACAGAUACAUGAUUAAGAUACCAUUUGGCAACCAGUCAGCUUUAAUCGCUCAUGGUGUAUUCAGAGUAAUGUGUUCUGGGGUUUUUUUAAUUUUAUUUUUUUUUUAGCCUAACCCUCUUAUUGCAGGUUAAGCUGUGCUUGCAGACAGUUACUGCAACUUAGCUGCCUUAUAAUAAACUGUUUAAACCACUGUAUUUUCGUCAUGUGGCUGGACCAUCAGACAUAAGGCGUUUAAGCACCACCUAAAAGGAAUCGUCAUUUAAAAGCAUCACAAAUAUUGUGAAAGGAAUGAGGAGUCUGCGAGAAAUACUACGGACUGUGGAAACAAAAGCUACUCAGACCUUCAAAAUGACUGCAGCUAAACAGCUCGCCCAAGUACUUCUCCAUUCCCUCAGUGAAGACUGUUACUGGAGCCCUUUAUCUGAUCCGCUUCCUGAGUUCAUGAACAAGGAAUAUCAGUCGUAUGUUAGCAAUCUUCUUUGUCGGAGGCCUGAGCUGUACACAGAAGAGAAUGUGUACUGCCCUCAAGACAACGUAGAAGAGGCUCUUCUUCUCCUCUUAAUCAGUGAAUCUAUGGCAAACCGGGACGCAGUGAUCAGCCGAGCCCCAGACCAGCAGGAUGACCGAGCCGUCAGCCUCCAGGAUGCCUCUGCAGUCUACGACCUCCUCAGCAUCACACUGGGCAGAAGAGGGCAGUAUGUGAUGCUGUCUGAGUGCUUGGAGAGAGCCAUGAAGUUUGCAUUUGAUGAGUUUCACCUCUGGUACCAGCUUGCCCUGUCCAUGGUAGCUUGUGGAAAGUCGGCAUAUGCUGUGUCAGUGCUCAAAGAAUGUGCUAAACUGCGACCUACGGAUCCCACUGUUCCUCUUCUGGCUGCCAAGGUCUGCAUUGGGUCGCUGCACUGGCUGGAAGAAGGAGAACACUUUGCUAAAAUGGUGAUAGACCUGGGUGAGGAUGCUGGAGAGUCCCUAGCAAAGGGUUACCUGGCACUGGGCCUGACAUACAGUCUUCAAGCUACUGAUGCUAUUCUGAAGGGCACUCAGGAUGAAUUAAACAAGAAGGCACUUCAGACUUUGGAGAGAGCACGGGACUUGGCCCCAGAAGAUCACCAAAUCAUCCUCUACCUCUCACUGCAGCUGGCUCUUGUCAGACAGAUUUCAGAUGCUAUAGACCAUCUUCAAGAAGCCCUACAACUGUGCAAAGAUGACAUGAAUUCACUUCAUCUACUGGCCCUCCUCUUUUCAGCUCAGAAGCACUAUCAGCAUGCACUGGAUGUUAUCAACAUGGCUGUUGCUGAAUACCCAGAAAGCUUUAGCUUACUCUUCACCAAAGUAAAACUGGAAUGGAUACAUAAAGGACCUGAAGAGGCUCUGAUCACAUGCAGACGUAUGUUGCAGAUGUGGCAGAUGGUAUAUAAUGUUUCACAGCACAGUGGCUCUGAGAAAUGCAGUAGUGUGACCGAAACACCGGUGAUCAAAAGGCAUAACGGACUGCAUCUCACUCUCCCAGAUGCUCAUGAUACCGAUUCUGGGUCACAACGAGCCUCUUCCCUUGCUGCAUCGAGACUGGAACAGGCCAUGUCUGAAAUAACUAUGCAGAGCAGCACAAUGAAGCAGGGACCUAUGCAACUGUGGACAAUUCUUGAACAAAUUUGGCUACAAGCUGCUGAACUCUUCAUGGAACAGCAGCAUCUCAAAGAAGCAGGCUUUUGUAUCCAGGAGGCAGCUAGUCUUUUCCCCACGUCUCAUGCUGUAUUGUACAUGCGUGGGAGGUUUGCAGAGAUGAAAGGCAAUUUGGAGGAGGCUAAGCAAUUGUAUGAUGAAGCGCUCACAGUGAAUCCAGCUGGAGUGGAAAUUAUGAACAGCCUGGGCCUGGUGCUGAGCAGACUUGGGCGGAGGGAACUGGCCCAGAAAGUCCUCAGAGAUGCCAUCCGUAUCCAGAGCACCAGCCACAUUGCCUGGAACAGCCUUGGAGAGGUCUUGCAAGCUCAGGGGAAAAACGAAGCAGCCAUCGAGUGCUUCCUUACUGCACUGGACCUUGAAUCCACCAGUCCUGUCAUUCCAUUCACUGUCAUACCCAGGGAGCUCUGAAGCUUUUCCCUGCAGCUAAGCACCUUCGUUCCCUGGACAGACACCAAAACCAAAUAAAUAAACAAAGAAAAAGCCCAACAGAAAAGUGCCAUUGUAACCUGGAACUGGGACAAGUAGUUCCAGGAUGGGGCUCAGGUCUACAUGCUUAGCUGAGACAAGCUGAACUGUAGAAGAAUUUGCAACACGCAGAAAUAGAGAAUGCCUUUUUCUUCACAGGUGCCUGGCUAACCUCCUGUUAAAGUUAGUAUCAAGGCUUAUUUCAAAGUGUUGGUUUAAGGUGACUGUAGAAAGAUCAUGCCAGGGUACAGCUGUUCAAAGCACUUGCACCUUCAGUGUUCAUUAAAGAUGAAACCCCAAGCCCUGAAUUAAAGCCCAGACCUGCUCUAAACAGGAGUAAAUGCACCAACUAAUUUGACCAAGUUGUGCUUAAACAUGUGGCUGCCUCCCCGCAGAUCUGACAGGACAAGAAUGACAAUUGCACCAAAUAGACAUGUAGUAUAUGCUGUUCACAAAAUUAUUUCAGCUAUUUUGAUAAUCCUUUUUCCUACCUUGCUUUUAUAUACUGCAUAUGCUCACUGUAUUUAGUGUAGCACUUGCCUAGACCAAUUUAAAUUAAAAAUACUUAUUUUUUAGAAAAGCUAAUAUUGCAGUAUAAUUCACGAAAGCAGAAAGACCAAAGACCAAAUCAGUUCACACUUGAACUAGUAUUAAAAACAUAUAUGUAUCUCCACUUACAUAUUUAUUGAAAGGCUUUACAUGAAGUAGCUAACUCUAAGCUUCAUUCUUAUUAAUCACCUCUUGCAUCACUUUUAGUGAGGAAUAUAGUUUUUACCAUUAUAUAGUGACUGAACUCUGUACUCUACUGCAUUACCAUUCCUGACACAAAACAUUUUCAUAUCCAUCUUUUCAUGAUACAAAAGAUGCCAGCAGUCUCUUAAGGGAAAGUAUGCUGAAGGCAGUGUGUGUAUAUAUGAAUUACUUCUUUCUUGAAACUAAAUCUUUGGAUUGUCCUUAGAAAUUUCACAUGAGAGGUAUGGAGUUGAGCCUUCAGCGGAGCAGGAUCAAUUUGCGUAUCGUAUCAGAUGUAAGAGUGAAGAGCUUCUAAUCCGCACAGCCUCCCCAUGGCUGGCACAGCCAGGGCAGGGGACACAGCUGGCAAUACCCCCUGCUAAGCUGCUCCUUAGCUCUGCUUGACCUCCCUGGGGCCUUGGCAGCACGGUGGAGCUGUACCGUGCUGUCACACAACCCAUGGGAGCCAGCCCUGUCCAGACCAGUCCCAAGAUAAAAAUGAUGCAGAAAUUUGCUGCAGGCACUUUUCUACAAAAAAAAAAAAAAAUGUUGGGGCUUUGUGCCUAUUUUCUUCCAAAGAAGAUUUGUGACUAUUUCAUAAGUAAGUUUGCACUAAAACAUACCUUGUACUAUAAUUCCGCCCAGUAUUGUGAUCCUUAACUAGUUCACUCUGGAAAUUAUAAUAUCCUUAGGCAAUAAAUGAAUUGGGGUUAUUUCUUAAAGAGCCUGAGGCUCUGGCAGCAGACUUGAAGUCAGCAUUGUUUACAAUUAUUUGGAAAUCUGCGGGGUAAUGGAGAGUUAGGCCCUUGCAGUGCUCCCAGACCACACCAUGGCAGAGCUCCUGCCCCCAGCCUUCCCUCAAGAUGUGCUCACCAAGGGAAUUACACUGUUCUCAGGUUUCUCUCAGCAGCCUGGUGCAAUGCCAGGCCAAUAUUUUUACUUUUUCCCAUUAAAUCAUCCUGGUGCAAUAGCCCAGAUUAUUUAUCUAUUCACCGAGGGAUUCCAGGUCUGAUCUAGGUUGGUUUCAAUCCAGGUGAAAGUAGCCCAGCCAUGAAAAGGUGCUUGACCCAUGAGUUCUCUGGCUUUCCAGUACCACACAGGCACCAAAACUGACUUUUUUGGGCCAGAGGCAGGUUUCCAAGGAGACAGUGUUACCCGGACGCAUUUAUUGUUUGCAAUAGCACCAGCAGCAGAGGAAAGAGUAGGUGUUAAAGUACCAGAAUUAAAUGAGUUUCAUGAAGACAAAAAGACACAGCCGAGACCUAUUUUGGUGUGAAGGAUGCUAUGAAGUCAUCUUGCUCUGCACUGCAGGUGGGAAAGAGGGAAGGGGAGGGGUAGAGAUGCUGCUGUUGGCAUAAUGUGCAAAUUGUUACCCAGGUGUUUUAAACCCAGUUCCACAGUCAGAUGCAAUCUGACAAUACACUUAAGUAGAGACAGAUAUAGAUACAUGUUAUAUUCUGGUAUUUGUUCUGCUCCACAGUUUCCAGGGUGGAAGCAAACCUUUUGUGUAAGACACAAAAAAAGAGUCAGUGUGGUCCAACAUCACCGAUCCGUUGUGCAAUGUAUAUUUGUAAAGCACUGCCAUAGCAACUCCUGUGUACUGGACAGUUAUUUGAGUACAAGCUACGCAUCCAUGACCAAGGAACUGCUUUAAGAGGUCUGUAACAUAGCUGGUCUGUGACCUGGCAGGAGGGUGCCUGUUUCCCAGCAGCGGCUGAAAAGCAAACACUUAUAGACCCAUUUACUUCUGUAGUAAACAGCUUGUUUGUUGCUAUCUGGCAAACUUCAUCCUGGCAAUAAUCAGACUUGCCACAGCAGUCAUCUUCCUAGGAGAGGGGCAAACAUUCACGAAUACUUUGAGUGCGUCAACAACUCAGAUGUUGCCAGCGUGGUCCCAUCUUUCUCAAGUGCGUUAAUGAGUGUUACUGGCAUUGGAAUUGCAGUCCUGAAAGCCUCUGCUCCAGGAAGAUGUACAUGACUAAAGGCCAUCAGCAUCAACAGGAAUCACCAUGGGUAAGGUACCCUUUACCAGCACACCACACCACACCACAGCCCCUGCAGCACCUGCAGACAAAGUGCUUUGCGUGCACACUGACCUUAAUCCCGAGAUUUGCUGUGUGCUUCCCAGGGGAUACAGAAUGCCUUUUGGCUGGAGGGGUGUUGUAUUGGCCUGAAAUAAUCUGUACAGUGCAGGAAAGAAAGAGGUUGUUGCAGACUUACAAGUAUUUUGGGGGUAAAUCCUCUAGCUAUCUUUGUUACUCAUGCUCACCAAAACAGAAGCGUUCCCAAGCUUACAUGCUACCUCUCUUAUUCAGCAUGUAUUUUGCUCACACUUCCAGAUACAGAAAAACAAAGACAACUAUUUCAGACAAGCCUAUGUAUUGUGAUAUUUAUUUAGAUAGCAACAUUGAUAAAUCUGAUAGAAUUACUUGUCUGAGCUCAGUAAUACUUGUGUGGCAGGAAGCCUGGCAUGUUUAAUACUCUUUGAAAUUUAAGAACACAAGAUUUACAUGCCAUCUCUCAUGAUUAUUUCAGUUCGUAAGUAAUGGAAGUUUGGGGAACAAUAAGUUUGGGGAACCAAUUCUCUGAGUUUUAGCACAGACUUGAAUCCAAUAGUUUUGUCAUUCAUUAGUUUUGAAAGAGGGAGAUUAAAAAAACCACAUUGCUGCCUAAAGGAUCAGGUUCCUCUUGUUCCACCACAAGGUUAUUUUCCUUUUUGUUGGCAGGGUGCAUACAAAAAGAAAAAUAAUUGCCUUCUAUUUUCCUGUUGUGUAGUAAAGGAGUAGUAUGUGCCGUUGCCUUUGGCCAACAAGAAUACUGUAAAAAAAAAUUAAUCUGCCUCCAGGAUAACAGAAGGAGAAGCCCAAUAGGACAGGGAACAGCUCCCCUGUAAAGUGGAGCUUUACACUGUGUAAAGUGUCAUUAGCUCCAUUGGAGCAGUUGGUAGUUAGGAGCAUUUCCUCCAGCUGAGAAUCUGCCCACCCAUGUAUUCAUUCCGUACAGGGAGUACAGCAGAGCUGCAAACUCCUGCGCCGCACAAGUACCCCAGUCCGUUUCUAUUGGUAACAGUUCAUGCUACUGAUUAUCACAAUGCUUCAGAAGUGCUAAUUAUCUUUUCUUGGUAAUGACUAAUAAAUCCAAAUGGAGAACAGUCCUGGAGGGUGUUUCCUUUAAAAUUCACUGGCUGGGUACCAAAGCAGGCACAGCACUGGCUGCUGCAGUUUGAAUUACAGUUAUUUUAUCAAAAAAAUGUUUCAUUUUCAGAGAGUCUUGGUGAAGAAUGAGUUUGACUAGUUUAUAUAUUGUUUUAAUGACAGCAGAGUGGGAAAUAAUCCUUUUUAGUAAAAAGACAUCACUACCAUGAUCCUUUUUCAGCCAAACCAACAGAGGUUUGAUAGUUGCAGUUCAGCCUUGGAGAGGAAGGCUUCCCAAAGCAACCACACUGCAGCAGUAAUUGCCUCUGAAGGAAUUGUAUUACAGGCAUAUUUGACAAUUAUGCAAUGGGCAUGUGUAGCUGAGACAUCUUUCCCUCCUUUUUUUGGCUAAGGGGAGCUGCUUUAUGCCCGAAGGGACAAUUGCAGUGCCCGUCUGGGUGCCUCUCAGCACUGCCUUGGUGCCAACUUCACAGUCAUGUUCACCAACACCCCUUCAUUCACACUGGUUUAAUGAUGCUCAGACUGUUCCCUAAGCCUGGCUCUGGGCAAUGGCCUCCCUACUGCUGAGGUGUUGUUCAGUGCUGCAGGAUGUCAGUGCGUAGUCAGAUAUUAAGUUAUUUUCUUAGAAAUGAGAAGCCGAGUCAUCUGUCAGUUGGUGACAUUGGCAGGAGGGCAGGUAAACACUGACUCAGCAGUUGCCAAGAUGGUUCCUCCAACUUUGCCUUUAAUGAACUUGCUUGUGCCUUCAGCACCAGCAAACCACAGCAGGUUCCCAAGUGACUGGAUACUAAAAGAUCCAGCUGAUUUUCCCACAGAAAUACAUGCCAGUCAGUAGCUAAAACCACUGAUAGGGAUGCAACACUGCGCCAUUGCAUAGUGGCCCAUGAUGAUACAAAUAAGAACCUCCCUGAGCUGGUGCACAGAGAGGUGCUCAGCUUUUACACAUAGAAAGCAUGUCCUACAAGCCACUCUAAUAUUGUUAACAUGGGUGUCAGUUUUCCAUGUCACUUAACUUUUUCUUGUCAUUGUAAGAUGCCUUCACCAGAUGAAUAAAAUUGACCCUGUGGAAAACAAAAAACGCUGCUAUUUCCUGCGAGUUUCAGGACUUUUAAUACAUUCAUGCCAUGGAUACUUCGAAUAUUAUGAAACGUUCAGUUGUUAUAUUAACUGGAACCUAGUGUGCCUAGCAAGUUACCAGUUGCAAAGGGUAUUUUGGCCUACACCCUGUAGUUCAUGGGAAAAACGAGAGUGAGCAUGCAAGCAGCGUGCUUUCAGAGAGGAACAGAGCCAGGAAAAAGGAGUAAUGUAGCUUCAGAUGUUUGGAUUUAUGGAGAUUUAAGCAAGCAUCAUGCUUUUCUUGUGCUUCUUCCAGUAAAAAUAAACAAAGGUAGUGUGAGAAACUGUAACAUUGAGGUAACAUGCAAAUACUAUGCCAUCAAGUUUAGGGACUCACCUUAUUUUGGUGGCAAUGCCAUUAAUCAUUUUUUUGCUACAAACAGUUACUCCUGUGGUUAUUUGGAAAUAAAAUGUCUCCAUUCAAGA